CAACUCGGCUUAUCCGACCAAAGUAAGCAAAACCGCUCUCUUCUCAGGAUCGCACCCGCAGGAGAACUCUCAAAAACCCUAAUUUCCCGAAUUAGGAGAAGAGAAUCCAGCAGAAGAAACAAUGGUGUGCAUACGCAAGGCAACCAUAGACGACCUGCUGGCGAUGCAAGCUUGCAACCUGCUAUGCCUUCCCGAGAAUUACCAGAUGAAGUACUAUUUGUACCAUAUCCUUUCUUGGCCUCAGUUGCUUUACGUGGCGGAGGACUACAACGGCCGCAUCGUCGGCUACGUCCUUGCCAAGAUGGAAGAAGAAAGCAGCGAGUGCCAUGGCCAUAUCACCUCUCUGGCCGUCCUCCGCACCCACCGCAAGCUUGGCCUAGCCACUAAGCUCAUGAACGCCGCCCAAGCCGCCAUGGAACAGGUGUUUGGAGCAGAGUAUGUCUCGUUGCAUGUGAGGAAGAGUAAUAGGGCAGCUUUUAAUCUGUAUACUGAGACGUUGGGGUAUAAGAUUCAUGAUGUGGAAGCCAAGUAUUAUGCAGAUGGGGAGGAUGCAUAUGACAUGCGGAAGCAGUUGAAGGGGAAGCAGAGUCAUCAUCACGGUCAUCAUCAUCACCACCACCACCAUCAUCAUCAUGGUGGUGGAUGUUGUUCGGGUGAGGCUAGAAGCACAGAAGUGACUCAAACAAGAGGGGACUCAAAAUCAGAGUCAAAAGCUAGCACAAAAUCUGAUUCAAAAGCAGCAUGAGAAUGGGAGGUAAACCAAGUAUUCGGAGAAUUACGUGUGGCAUUGGCUUAUGUUCUUUAGAUUAUUAUUGGAGGCCCAUGAUAUUUUUAGUUUGUUUAUGGAAAGUAAUAAUCUGACUGAGUAUUUCAAAAUUAUGUUGGCUUCCCUACAUAUUGUUUAGCAUGCUCCUGCUAAUGUAACAGUGUAUGUACUGUCUGUGUCUUUUACAAUGACUUUUUUGUACCAAUUUUGGUCAAAUGUUUUCCUUUGGUGUUUCAACUUUGUGUUUAAAACUAUAGUAUGGCUCUUUA